GUGACGCAGGGUAACGACGUCAUCACGCUGCCGUUUCCUCGGUGACGGCGCUAAAUGCGGAAAAAGCAACGUGUUGACAACGUCGCUUUUCUCCCGACGCUGGAUUUACGCAAGAAACGGAGCGUUGAGUGGCGCAGGAGAGCGAUUCACAGAACACGUGGGCGGGAAGAGUUUGAUAUUUUUUACCUUCCAGAGGAUCCGAGUCCAUGUGGCUGCUGCUGAAGCUAACAGCGGAGCUAGCAGAGGAGCUAACUGCAGCAGACGUGCACAGGUUUCCCUGACGUCUGGACAUCAUCUUCAUCUCAGGCCAUGGAGCCAGAGGCGGCUGAAUCCCCAACCUCACACCAAGGGCCAAUCGAAGUUGUCAACUCUAUUCGUGAGCGUACGAUCGCAGAGAACAGCAUGGUGGUCCUGCUGCAGGGUCUGCAGGGGGAGGUGACCACGGUGGACAUGAGGAACGAGAGCACGGCGCGGGGACGCGUGGUUAACGUGGACGCCUUCAUGAACGUGCGGCUGGAGGAGGUGUUGUACCGGGACCGGCGUGGUCAACUCACAAAGCUCCAGGACCUGUUCAUCACAGGUAGAAAUGUCCGCUACGUUCACAUCCCGGACCACGUGGACAUAAUGAAGACUAUACAGAGUCAGCUGACCAAGAUCCACAGAGUCCGCAACUUUGCUGGUGAAGGAGGAGGCAGAAAAGAGUUUGCCAAGAAAAAAAAAUAGACAAAACUCUGCAGGGUUGAGAGCAGAGACACGUGGAGGUAACAAGCAGUUCUUUAUGUUUUUCAGAUCUAGGUCGGGUCAUGUACUGCUUUGAAUUUUUUUGAUGUGAAAUUGGGGAUUUGUUCACGUCUCAGGUCCAAUAAAGCCUUAAAAUGAAACAAUCUGAAAAAGAGAACAAAACCCCCAUCAUGGUGAAACUGCAGGAUGGCGGUGAAACAUCUGUUAAAUUUAGUCAUGUCAUAUUUAAAAGUCUUAAAUUGAAACCCUGAUCAAAUGACCUCAAAUGCACCGUUUGACUUGAACUUUGUGUUUUUUUUCCGUCUCAUUGGUCGUUUGCCGACAGACAAUUAGUUUUGAAAUUUUAAAUAAAGAUGCUCAUCAAUCAAUCAAUCGAUCUUUGUUGGCGUCUUGGGUGAAAUCCUUAUUAAAUUGAAAAAUAUGUUUUUCUGGCCAGAAAACGUAGAUGAUGAAAAACGAAAUACAGACGUGUUCACCCUGGACAUGUCCCCAGCGUAUCACAGCAUAGAGACAAACAACCCUUCACACUCACAUUCUAGCACAGAGCUGCUAUAUCAAAUUUAAAUGGCACAUAUAACAAUCAACAGUGUCAGUGUGUAUUUGCUCUUGAGUCAUCCUGCCCUAUCCCACAAUGCUCCUCUGUCUGUUUGCCUGUGAAAAUAAACUUA